GCUGCCAAAAAGUUCAUAUCCUGUAGUUCGAAAUCAUGCAUAUUAUUCGUUUAUUGCUGUUUGUGUUCCUGCUGGUCUUGAUCGCUGAUCUUCAAGCAGACGUAGGCGAUGAUGUUAAAGAGGCAUCAGAGGCUGUAAAAACCGGGAUAGAAGCAACCAAUGCUAUCACCGAAAUAGUGGCUGGUGUCAAGGUCCUAGCUAAAUUCACAAAAAUAAUGGGUUCAAUAGCUCCCUUUUUGGCCGCAAUUGGACCACUUAUGGAUAUCAUAACCCUGUUCCUUCCGAAACAAGAAGAUCCAACUUUAACUUUCUUAAAAGAACAGUUUUCAAGGGUAGAUUCGAAUUUCAGAAAUAUGGAAAGACUUUUCAGCGAAGUUACUAAUCUAAUUAAAUCGAAAGCCAUCAAGUCGCAGUUUUCAGGUAUUGAACAGAAUGUCAACGCUUUGUCAUAUCGACUACACAUGUUAAUGAAAGCCCCAAAAGAUGCUGUAAAAGGUCAAAGAUCGCGCUUUAUCACGGCAUUUAAGGUCAGUUAUCAAAGUGCAGCCAAAAAAAUAUAUAAUGGCAUCAUGACCAAACAAUCUUUUACAGACAAUAUUCCAAAUGAAGCUAUGGCAUAUACAAAUAACGAUCGCAAGAAAAUGCAAAAGGUAAUGGCUGGAUGUGUAGGACUUCUCAUGACAGCUGUGAAGGUAAAUUUAGCCUUUUUGCAACUCUCGAAUAGAAAAGCCAGCUACAAAAUGGAAAAAAAACGGAAUGGGAGAAAAACAUAAAGAUAGUUUUACAGAAAGUGAAAGAUGUGGAUACGCAAGUCACUAAUGCAUGGGAAGGUCAAAAGAUGAAAGAUUUGGAAGGCCUCUCGGCACAAUACAAGGAUGACAGCCACACACAAUUUGCAAACCGUCUGU